UAGAGCUGGAGCGGCUAAGUGAAAGUUGCUGCCUUUAAGAGUUUUGCAGAGCAGAAGCGCUAGACGAUAAGCAAUAAAGUUUGAAGCGAAGUGAGAAGAAGCGGUGUACAGAGCAGCAAAAAACGGGCACCCGCCAGGAAGCACGAUACAGCCGCAAUCAGCCUGUGGUGGGCCUACAAAAAUCCACGCCGGAUCGCCAUCUUAUCGCCGGAUCGCCAUCGAGCUCGGCGCAGGUAAAAACCCGAAAGGCAAUCCUUUCCCGUUUCACGUGCAUUCUUUGGCUUGUCUGCACCGACAACGGACUGGUUGACGUUGCUGCGUCCGGCUGGAGUGCUGUGCUCUUCUCGUGCAGUAGCUGUGGUCCGUGUGGGGUCGCCUUGUCGCGGUCUGCCUUUUGCCGCUCGUAGUACGCGUCAGCAGAAGGGACGAACAGGUAGCAGCGAAAAAGAUGAGUGAAACGACGGUGGCCGCCAUUUGCAAGGAUUUGGACGGUGACGACCGAUGGAUGAGCAUCCACAAACACUUCGUCGCCGUGUGCAAGGAGAAGGAUCCGGACGUCAUGUUCAUCGGUGACUGCGUGCUGGAGUCGCUGCAGUUCACCGACUACUGGAACCAGCAGUUCGUGCCGAUGCACUGCCUUAACUUCAGCAUCGGCACCGACCGGAUACAGCACAUCCUCUGGCGGCUGCAGAACGGCGAGCUGGAGAACGUGCGACCGAAGGCGGUGGUGCUGCACGCCGGCACCAACAACAUCAGCGACACGGCCGAGGCGGUGACCGAGGGCAUCCUCGAGCUGGUGCGCACUAUCCGCCAAGCGCUGCCUGACGCCUACAUCGUGCUGCCGACGCUGCUCCCUCGGGGUCAGCAGCCCAAUCGGCUACGGGACAAGAACGACCAGGUGAACCGGUUGCUGCGCGAACGGUGCACCGGUAUCAGCAAGGUGCAGAUCGUGUCCGUCGACGGUGGACUGAUACAGAGCGACGGUACGAUUAGCCACCACGACAUGUUCGAUUAUCUUAACCUCACGAACGUGGGCUGCAAGAAGGUGUUUGAGCCGAUCUGGGACCUACUGCACCAGAUACUGACCGAGAACGAGAAGGAGCGAGAUCUCACGCCAUCGGAGUGAGCAGCAGUGAGGCCGUAGCGACGGUUCGUGGUGGUAAUGCUGGUGCGCCCAUGUAAGACGGCAGGCAGGGGAGAUCCCGUACCGACUGCUUCCAUUCAGAAGCAGCGGCGGCUGCGGCAGCACCAACAGUAUCAUCAUCACCACCCCCUCCUUACAUACACAAAACGCCUCUAUAUAAGACAGACAUUCCACUUCUACUACAUCGAUCUCAUGUUGCGCCUUUUAGGAAUAUUUUUUCUGCGAUUUCUUGUUUAUGGUUCUUUUUGUGCCCUCCCAUCCCUCACCCAGCAGUUUGAUUCCUUAGUGUUCACACACACGCGCCCCGAGCAGGGCGACAGCCUACUUUCUUUACCACACCAAUAUCGGGUGUAUUGGCGUUCAAGGCGUACUACCUAUGGGAAAGGCCAAAUCUGAUCUGAUUAGUGUUGAACAGUGCUAAUUAUACAACGGGAUAGCAAAGCGGAAAGGAUUACGGAGACGAGGGCGGCGAGGAUGCUUAGCGGAGCAUUUUCCCACCUCAAAAAAAAAAAAUGAAAGGGACGAGCUAGAUUAGUCUGAAACAGACCAAAUGAUUUUGUAGUCUAUUUUGAUUUAUCGCUUAUUAGUUUUGAGAAACAGCAGGAGAGAUCAGGAGAGCGAAUUAUGCAAGGGUGUUACUGCUCAACGGAUUCAAACGUUUCAAAACCCACGGGAAUAGAAUGUCAAUCACAGGUGGACCUGAAUAAGCGAAUAAAAAAAGAGGGGCCUGGCAUACACAUUCAUACACAUUUCGGGACAGCGAAGAAAUGCUGCGCCGAUCGUAUGGCUUGUGCCAAGCUCACAGUUCCACAAUCCGGUCGCGUUGGUUGAUUAAAACUCUUCUGUUUUGUCAUUGUUGUUGAUUUGAGAAAAUAAAAAAAAACCGCGCGAAAGCGAAACAACCGUACAAUGAAAGACAACUUACGAUUACUGGAGGGAAAUAAGAUUUAUUUUAUAGAAGACAUUUAAAUAAAUGGGAAAGAAGAAAUGUUACAGUUUUUCAAACGCGGGAUGAAUGCAUGUUACUUUCAUUUCAAAGAAUCGCGCCUGGCACACCAAGAUCAUGAUUUUCCAGAGGUUAU